AUCAUUCUCAUCCCACUAUCCGUCUGCUCUUCACUACUCUGGUCCAUUGGCCACCAGUCUACUAUUCACUCUGGUAGUCUCCCUUAGCCUUGAACAUCUUGUAUCCUCACCAGAAUAGGUUGUAAACAAGAUUGGAACAUUACAAGGAUAGUUUGUAGUG